GUGAAGGCCUUAAGAACGUGGUUUCCGCUCUUUAUCAACGGAACCCAGCAGCAAGGAACAUCGAGUGGAAUUUUCAAGUAUCCCGCGGAAUUAGGCGCUCGGAGCGUUACAUAAAUUCCUGAUUGAUGCCAUCUAUGUAAAGAAGAAGAAGAAGAGGAAGAAGAACUGAGUUCGUCACAGCACAGGACUCACGCGCCAGCCCACCUCUCGCGUAGUGUAUUGUUAUAUGUCUGAUACAUCUCGUUGGAGCAAGCAGCCAUAAGGAAAGGAAGGAAGGAUAACGAUGGUUCAUGACAAAAAACCUGGAAGGCGAAGCAGAUCUCGGGAGAGAGAUCGUGACCGAGAACGAGAUCGUGAGCGUAGAGAUCGGAGACGCUCUAGAAGUAGAUCAAAGGAUCGUAAGAAAGAUAGAAAACGUUCCCGAUCAAGAGAACGUUCUCGUGAAAGGGACAGGUCACGUGAUUACGAUCCAGAUAGAUCAAAAGAGAGGAGGGAUACCAAGGAUAAAUUAAAAGAUGAAAAAAAACCGAAAUCAAAUCCUAUAUUUGUGAUAGAUGAUGAAAGCAAAAAAGAAUCAAAAGUUGAAUCAAAAAAAGAGGAACAGGAAUAUAGGGAGAAUUUGAAAAAUUCGAAAAAAGAGCCAUUGAGUUUGGAAGAAUUAUUAGCUAAAAAAAAAGCUGAAGAAGAAGCAAGAGCAAAGCCAAAAUUCCUAACUAAAGAAGAACGUAUUGCCUUAGCGUUGCAAAAACGACAACAGAUAGUAGAUAAUAUCAGGAAGCAGCAGGAACAAGACCGAAAAUUCAAUAUUCAAGUUGAAGGUUCUACCUUUCCUAAGGAACCACGAGAAUGGGAUGAAAGAGACAGACGUCGAGAAGGACAGCGACAAAGAGAAGAAGAAAAAGACAAAGAUAAAGAAAAGGAAGUUGAAGCAAUUAAGGAGCGCUACUUAGGUCUAAUUAAAAAGAAGCGCAGAGUGAGGAGAUUAAACGACAGAAAAUUUGUUUUUGACUGGGACACCUCAGAAGAUACUUCUGUGGACUACAAUAGUAUCUACAAAGAAAGACAUCAGGUUCAAUUUUUUGGAAGAGGAAACCUAGCUGGUAUAGAUAUUAAAGCACAAAAACGAGAUCAAAGUAAAUUUUAUGGAGAACUCUUAGAAAAAAGAAGAACGGAGGCUGAAAAGGAACAGGAAAAAAUGCGUUUGAAGAAAGUCAAGCGGAAAGAGGAAAAACAGAAGUGGGAUGAUCGUCACUGGUCGGAGAAAGGAUUGGGUGAAAUGACAGAACGAGAUUGGCGUAUUUUUAGAGAAGAUUAUAAUAUAACUAUAAAGGGUGGUCGCAUUCCAGAUCCUAUUAGAUCUUGGAAGGAGUCCGGGUUUCCCAAGGAAAUUUUAGAUAUUAUUGAUAAAGUUGGGUAUAAAGAUCUGACCCCUAUACAGAGACAAGCAAUUCCUAUUGGUUUACAAAAUCGUGAUAUUAUCGGUGUAGCAGAAACUGGUUCAGGCAAAACAUUAGCCUUCUUAAUUCCGCUUCUAUUGUGGAUUACCAGUUUACCAAAAAUCGAACGUUUAGAAGAAGCCGACCAGGGUCCUUACAGUAUAAUACUAGCACCAACACGUGAGUUGGCUCAACAAAUUGAGGAGGAAACCAAUAAAUUUGGCCAACCUCUGGGUAUCAGAACCGUUGUUGUGGUUGGUGGUCUUUCUAGAGAAGAACAAGGAUUUAGGUUGAGAAUGGGUUGCGAAAUUGUAAUAGCUACACCUGGAAGAUUAAUAGAUGUCCUAGAAAAUAGAUAUUUGGUACUUAAUCAGUGUACGUAUAUUGUCCUCGACGAAGCCGACAGAAUGAUAGAUAUGGGAUUUGAGCCUGAUGUACAAAAGAUUCUAGAAUAUAUGCCAGUUACAAAUCUAAAGCCUGACAAUGAAGAUGCUGAAAAUGAAGAGAAGCUCCUUGCUAAUUACAAUACAAAAAAAAAAUACCGACAGACAGUAAUGUUCACAGCAACUAUGCCUCCCGCAGUUGAACGACUCGCCAGAACCUAUUUGAGAAGACCUGCUGUAGUGUACAUUGGUUCUGUUGGUAAACCAACAGAACGUACAGAACAAAUCGUACAUAUUAUGGGAGAAGCGGAUAAGCGACGUAAACUUAUGGAAAUUCUUAGUAGAGGAGUGGAACCACCUGUUAUUAUUUUCGUUAAUCAAAAGAAGGGCGCUGACGUACUUGCUAGAGGAUUAGAGAAAUUGGGAUACAAUGCUUGCACUCUUCAUGGUGGUAAAGGCCAAGAACAAAGAGAGUACGCUUUAGCAUCAUUAAAGAGUGGCUCUAAGGAUAUUCUUGUUGCAACUGAUGUGGCGGGACGUGGUAUCGAUAUCAAGGAUGUCUCUAUGGUUAUCAAUUACGAUAUGGCUAAGACUAUUGAAGAUUACACUCAUCGUAUUGGUCGAACUGGACGCGCCGGCAAAGCUGGUCUUGCUAUUUCUUUCUGUACGAAGGACGAUAGCCAUCUAUUCUAUGAUUUAAAGCAAACGAUACUUUCUAGUCCAAUUUCUACAUGUCCUCCAGAGUUACUCAAUCAUCCAGAUGCACAGCAUAAACCAGGAACUGUCGUUACAAAGAAACGUCGUGAAGAGAAAAUAUUCGCUUAG